GAGAAGGUUGGCUUAAUGUCAUUGAUUUUAAUGGCAGGCAAGGAAAAUCACAGGAACACUGUGCUUCCCUAAGAACGUCUCCUUUCUACCUCCCUUGCCCUGAGACUUCCCAGUAAAAAGAGUUAUUAGUUUUCUGGCUUGCAAACUCACCUGACCGAGUGCCUGUCUGUUUCUCAUCCCUGAAGAAUCAAAUACAGGGGGAGAGAGAAAGUGUCCGGGCUGCGUUUCAACAAAUGCGAGCCACCCUGGACUCUGAGGAGAGGACGCACCUGCAGAAGCUGCAGACAGAGGAGCAAGGUGUUCUGAAUGGCCUGGCCGAGUCUGAAAAGGAGUUGGCCCAGCAGGCCUGGGAGGUGAGGGAGCUCAUCUCAGAUGUGCGGCACCGGCUGCAGGGGUCCACAGUGGCCAUGCUGCAGGUAAGACUCCCAGGAGUCCCGCUUCUGAGAUUCAGGAGAAUUGGAAAGUGUUUCCUCCUGUCCUGUGCUGCCCUGCUUUUAGUGAUGGAUUUGAAGGACCCUGCGGAAAGGUGUCAGUUAUUGGCUGUGAAGAAACCAAGAACUUUUCCCAAGAAUCAGAGGAUCGUGUUUCAAGCUCCUGAUCUGAAAGGGAUUCUACAACUGCAGCAAGGUGAGUGGAGAGAAAAAAAACUGGGUCUGGGAUUAAGUGAUCAAACAUACUUCAACACCCACUUUAACUUCAGCGUUCUAAGUUAUCAACCUAAACGUGGCUCCUGGGUCAUAGGGCUGCAGGAUAAAUUUAAGAAUAGUGCUUUUGGGGGGUCUGACAGCUCUAAUCCCUGGACUGCGGCCCUUUCCCCAACUGUUCCUCCAAGCCAUGUUGGAGUUUAUCUAGACUCUGAGGCUCUUAGUCUCUCAGUCUACGAUGUGAUAGGCAUGGGUUUCUCAUCUAUGAAUUCUCUCAGUGUUUCUUUUCUGGUGAUGUUUUUCCAUGUCUCAGUCUUGGGGGAAGUUCAGAGCCUAUGACAUUAUGUGGGCCAAACCCUUGAACUUUCUUACACCCGGGAGAGCUACAGUUGACCCUAGAGAAGCCUCAUUUUUAGGUCCCAUUUUUAACACUACUACAGUUUUGCCGUAUACAUUUUCCUGACAAUUUUAGAGUGUUGUGUGUAUGGGUAAUUCGGGUAUUACCACAUAUUGGUCCGUAUAAAAUACUUUGUGGGAAUCAGACUACCCUUUGUAAAAAAUAAAAUAAUGAAAUAAUAAUG